UUGGGGGCACCGGAACCAUUUAUUAGCGCAUGCGACCCACUAGGUGUGGAAGUGGCUAUCUCACUGAAGGAAAAAAUUUGGGCAAGUGAAUAUAUAGAUUUGGGAGUGCUCCUUAAGCAUAAUAAUGCACGUGAUGAGUUUGGGGCCUUGAGUGUAGGUGACACCACUUUGAGUUUGUGUCAAUCGGGAUCUGGUCUUGGUUUGCAACUUCAACCUCAAUCAAAGGCUAAGAAAAUCAUGUCGGUAGAGCAGUGGACUUCGGUGUUUCUAGUAUUUGCCUCAAUUUACGCUGAGAAGCACAUUGAAAGGAGCAGGGAGCUCAUGAAAUAUAUGGAUUUGAUAAGGCAUGCAGCCCGUGCGUUUGCAGGUUAUGGCUGGCGUGACUAUGACACUCAGUUUAGGAGCAAGCAGGCGCGUUUACCCGGGCGAUCCUGGGCGAGCGUCGACGCCGAGUUGUGGUUGAUGCUGGUGGCCUCUAAUGGUCCGCGGCAGCGCCACAAUUUACCCCAUGCCCCUCGCCAUCAGUUCUAAGGGGCAGUGUACAGUAACAUAUUCGUCCUUUGAUUCGGCGGUAGAUAUUGUGACGCAAUUGGGGCGGGGUGCCCUUAUGGGAAAGACUGACAUUAAGUCAGCUUUCAGGCUCUUGCCUGUU